GCGUACAUCCGAUAUUUUGUAGCAAAGUACGCUCAAAGGUGAAUGAUCAGUGUGAAGACUAUGAGCAAAAAAUGGAAGUGUUAAUUGACUGCUAUUUCGAUAAAUUGUUUUCCGAAAUGGAACGAAGUUGUCUUGCGUCCCGAUAUAAACGUCGCCAACUUGUUAAGUUCUUUUCUGAUGUUAUUGAAAGUUGUUUUCAAGCUGAGGAUCUAGACAAGCAAGAUGUUUGUGAGCGAAUCGUUCAAGCUGGAUUACGAUAUCACAACAUCGCAAUGAUGGAAAAUGGAUCAGUGUGCUUGCUGGGUAAAUUUCACAACGUUCUAUAUGUGGUAGGAAAAUUGUGUUUUGAUUGGAAACUAUCAAAUAAUGAAGUUGUGUCGCGUCUGCUAAAUGAUAUAUUUUAUUGUGAGCGAACAUUUGAGAGAAUUUUAGUUGGGGCAAUUUUUGGAAUUCGAGUAACACAUUUUCUUUCGGGUUGGAAAAGCGAUUAUGAAGAUCGAGAUGAAAACAUCAAUGCUUUAAUAUAUUUUUUGGAUCACGCAACCACAGCAAAACUUGAAUACAGAUGUGCCUCAUCUAUUUUAAAAAGACGAUUCAUCGACGUUCCCAUGGAAUCUUAUGGUCAAGUUCUUCCUUUGAGGGUAGCAGUUCAAUCUGGCUCUCCCGAUAUACUUCAGAUUAUGCUGCGAUACGGUGCUUCCACAGAGGGUGAUGCAUUCGCUCCAGCUCCAAUCGAAAUAUUACUUUCGAAUUUGGAUGAGUUCCAAGUGUCCAAAGAAAAUCAAUUAAAACCUGUUUAUCCUGAUAAUCUUAUAAUCUGUCUGAAAAUUUUAUUGAGGACAAUUCCAAUGGUUACAGUCAAGACUCCACAUCAUGUGGCAAAUCAAAGCGGUGUUAUGCACUUAACAUUGUAUGAACAAUAUCCUAAUCUCAUCGACAGCAACUUGGUUCCAGCAGAAAGAAGUGGACUUGUUCCUCCAGAACUCAAACAUUUAUCGAGGUGCCGAAUACGAGCUGUUCUACAUGAGACAUGGCAAUUGCCUCACGGAAUUAGAAAACUUCAUAUUCCGCAAUCACUCAUGGAUUAUUUGGAUUUGCUAACUGAUUAACACGUUCAUUAACAAAAAUUUUAUACAUUUCAUGUAUAAUAAAAAUAUAAAUCUCUCAAGUCCAGGUGCAUUCUUUACACUAUAGUUAUCAAGUUGUUAGCGUUUUUAAAAUAUUGUGCGUAAGAUUCCGUAUGUGUGAAUUGUCGUAACCCGUGUAGAAAUUUUGCCAUGGCUCGGAUCGGGGCCGAAUCGGACGAGAAUGUGACGCUACGCCUGAUGUGCCCCUGAUUAGGAAAUGCACAUUUUCUCGUGGCCCUGAACUGUCCCUGAUCGGGACCAGAUUAUUAUUCACUACCAGAGCCCUGGUAGGGAAAUUUUUACACGGAAAGUCUCGAUUCAACCGGUUAGUGCCCACACAGAACUGAAGAUUCAAUAAAGGUUUAAACGUUAACUUGGGAAUAUUGAAUCGCAAAGUUCAGAAAAGAUUAUUUGAAUAUUAAAAUGUCCGCCAUAAAUAAAUGUUUAGACCGAAACUUGACUGAACAUGUAAAUUACAUAUUCGUCAAAUGUUAGGCGUGCAAAGUUGAAUGAACAUUUCAAUUAAAUGUUUAGCGCUAACUUUUUUUUACGGAAAUCAAUUAAUAUUUAAAUACACAUUGCUCAUCAUAUUUAGGAGCCAAAAAAUGUAGGUAUGUAUGUUUCACAUGCUGACAUUUUAAAAUUCAAACAAUCUUCUCUGAACUUUGCGAUUCAAUAUUCCCAAGUUAACGUUUAAACCUUUAAUGAAACUUUCAGUGCUGAGUGGGAAGCGAUCAGUGUAUGUUAAGGCAUGGUCGAAACGAGAUACUAAAAGCGUUCUGUGAACAAAUCUUAAUGUUAUAACUGUACUACACUUUAAGUGAUUUAACAUUUCUUUAAUAUUUAAUAAAUAUCUUUAUACUAUUCUUUUGUCAAUCUUGGGACUUUUAUUUCAUCUAACCUGGCGCAGAUUCGUAGUCUUCAUUUAUAUAAAAGUUUUCAACAAAAUAACAAAUUCUAUUAAAGGCAUUUUUUACAAUUCAUUCGAAUUUCUAUAAAUAUGCAAACAUAUGGAACAGCUUUUAGCUUUUGCUUUCACCUUUAAACAUAUUAUUAUCCGACACAGUACUGAAACUUUCCUGAAACUUGACAGCAUCUGUGUGCCAUCAAGUUUGGGAAUAUGUAGUUGCAAUGUUCAGGAAAGUUUGUGAAGACCUUUAAAUAUUUUCAAUUUUAUUUGAUGCAGGAAAGUUUCAGUGCUGUGUGAGAUGUAUAUACAUUUUUUAAUAUAUUUACGAAUAUGAAUUUGAUGUCAUAUUAAAAUAAACAAUAUAGUAAAUUUUAUGUAGUGUUAAAUAUAAUUUUUAAUUAAAUUAUUUAAUUAUAGUAAAAUACUUGUGAAGAAGGAAAAACAAUAAUAUAAGGAUCGAGUGCAAUGUACGGAAAUUUUUGUAUUUUGCAUCAAAAAAUGUAUCUUUAAAAAUUU